UUCUCACUGUGCAUGCGCAGCUCAGGGAGCGCACAGCACGGCGAUCGGCAGUGGGACAUGUGCACUGUGUGCCCUGAUGACCAGUGUAGCCCCAGCAGUGCCACCUGUCAGUGUCCAUCAGUGCCUUAUGUCAGUGCUCAUCAGUGCCUCGUGCCAGUGCCCAUCAGUGCCACAUCAAUGCCACAUAUCAGUGCCUACCAGUGCACAUCAAUGCCACAUAUCAGUGCCCAUCUGAGCUGCCUUUCAGUGUCACCCAUCAGUGCCAGUCAGUCCCACCUAUGCCAAUGCCCACCUGCCCACCUAUCAAUGCCAAUCAGUGCCACCUAUCAGUGCUGCCAAUCAGUGCCACCUAUCAGUGCUGCAAUCAGUGCCACCUAUCAGUGCCAGUCAGUGCCGCCUAUCAGUGUGCAUCAGUGCCGCCUAUCAGUGCCU